AUUGGUGUUUCAAUAAACACAGGUUUCCCUUUUAAUAAUUGUAGUUCUUGUUGAUACUGGUAAUAUUUUUUACUGGCUCCAGAAUUGGCCUGAUAUAUAUCUGCCCAUGCCACUGUGUCAGUUGGUCACAGCUCAGUCUUUUACAGUUAGUGACCGUUGGUCUCAGUACAUUGGUUUGACUCAGACCAGUGUACAUCUCAUUGCGUUUGCGAAGCAUUUGCUUGCGUUUUUUUUUCUUGUGGAAAGCGAAUUCCCCUAAUUAUGGUUGAAGAACUGCCUCCAGCGAUGGAGAAGAGUACUCCUCCAAUAAGGAGUGAGGAAAAAGAACUUUUUGCUGCUACAAAUGCAGAAAUGGAAAAGAAGGAUUCCAUCAGGAUGAAGCGAAUGAUGGACAACAACCCUGGGAGGGCAAAUGGAAAGAAAAGGAAGAAAAGGAAUAAAAAGAGGAAACAUCUGUGCAGUGGCAACAGCAAGGUGGAGGAAAAGAAGGAAGUUAGGAGAAAAAGACACCGAAGUGGUGAAGACUCCAUCAAAGCAGAGGAAGCGGGAAGUAACCAGAAGAGGCUGCACCAAGAAGUUCCUCUCCCCGUGGCAGUGAGCAUGUGCCAGAUCCACGCAGAGCUUGGGAGUGGUUCAUUUGGCAAGGUGAUGUUGGCAUCUCUGCCUAACAACAGGCAGCACGUAGCCAUAAAGGUGAUACAGAAGAGUGACAAGGUACAGCUUAAUGAAAUUGUCACUGAGGCUAACGUGCUGAAGAUGGCUGCUGGAUGCCCACACCUGUGUCAUGCAUAUGGAUCAUUCCUAACUCAGCGGCAUGCUGUUUUUGUCCUGGAGUAUGUCAGCGGAGGGAACAUGGAUGAUCAGAUCGACAUUGCAGGAGCUCUGGAGAUGGACUCCAUAAGAUUCUACGCCGCGGAGAUGGUGUGCGCCCUCCAGUUUCUGCACUCAAAUGGGAUUAUCCAUCGGGAUCUCAAACCAGGUAAUGUCCUAGUUACCAGCGAGGGACAUGUAAAGAUAGCUGACUUUGGAUUGGCGGUCGAAGGCAUCUAUGGAUAUAGAAAGGCCAGAGGAAGAAGAGGAACACUGCCUUACAUGGCCCCAGAAGUGAUAGAAGGGCAGGCGUAUGAUGCAGGAAUAGACUGGUGGUCCCUCGGAAUCCUCAUAUACGAGAUGGCCACCGGAGAUCAUCCAUUGUACUCUGGCAAUGAUGUAUCUGAGUUCAUCGAAGCCAUUAAGUAUAACAAGCCCCGCAUUCCAUAUUGGUUCAGUGAGGAACUACAAGAUCUCCUGCAGCAGCUUCUGAUGAAAAACCCUGAUGAGCGUCUUGGCUGCAAUGGGAACAUUCGGGAGCACCCAUUUUUCCACUCCAUUGAUUGGGUGCAACUGGAAAAGCUGAACGUGCCACCCCCCUCCAAACCAAAAGAAGUGAUAUCAGUGGAUUUCAGCAAGACCUAUCAAGAGCCACUGACAUUCUUGGAGUCAAUAAAAUACAACAUCUCUUCGAGAUAUGUCCCACCAGCAUCCCCGUUGGAACAGCCAAGCCAUUUCUGGACAUCCAGGAACAUCUGUCCUCCUCAAGCCCAAGCACUGGUUUCAAACUAUCCAUACCAUCAGGCUCCAUUAUCAGCUCAGUUUGGUCCUUUUGGCUUCCCCAACCAGCCUUACACUGCAUAUCGGCCUAAUCUCGGCUACUACCAAAGGCCAUUACCACUGAUUCCUGUUCCUUCUCCUUAUUAUCACCAGCCAGUUUUUAGUCCUGUUAUCAGACCUCCGUUGGUUCCUUUCUUCCCAGAUUCUCACCAUCAUAACCAGCCUCUUAAUGUCUUCAACACCCCUUGGCCUUUUCCAUCACCUCUGCAAUAACCAUCUUCCUCUAUCUCUUGCCCCUAAGAUUUUCCCCCGUUUUCAAACUAUUAAAUGAGACCUUACCUCUGGCCACUUAUCCAGCAAUGCCUUUGACUCAUCAGUCAUCAGUCAACGGCCUUUGUAUCUUUUUCACAAGCGCUUAUUUCUUGACCGUUUUUUUUUUAAACACUUGUCUCUACCUCUAGCCUUUUCCAAUGGCUACUGUCUCUAGUCUGUUACACCAACCAGUCUCUUGUUUAUUCCAUAACUCUAUGUUUCUGCAUUGGCCCAUACCACAGCCUUCACUUCUGGCCCUUACCACUGGCUCCAACACCGGCCCGUUCCAUCUGCCUCUUCCUGCAGCCCUUUACGUCUACUGCAUCUUCUGGCCCUUGCCACCGGGCCCAACACUGGCCCAUUCCAUCGGCCUUUACUCAUAGCCCUUAACACCGGCUACUGUCUCUAGCCCAUGUCACCGGCCCCAACACUGGCCCUUUCCAUCUGCCUCUGCCUUAACAUCAGCUGCUGUCUCUGGCCCCCAACACUGGUCCAUUCCAUCUGCCUUUACCUAUAGACCUUAACACUAGCUUCUGUCUCUAGCCCAUGUCACCGGCCCCAACAAUGGCCCAUUCCAUCGGCCUCUGUCUGCAGCCCUUAACAUCGGCUGCUGUCUCUGGCCCCCAACAACGGCCCCAACACUGUCCCCAACAUUGGCCCUUUCCAUCGGCCUUUACCCAUAGCCCUUAACACCGGCUACUGUCUCUAGCCCAUGUCACCGGCCCCAACAAUGGCCCAUUCCAUCGGCCUCUGUCUGCAGCCCUUAACAUCGGC